GAGGGGAGGGGAGAACGGCUGCUGGGCCAGCGAGCUGGCGGGCGGGCGGCAGCAGCAUGCCCCUCGGCCCGCGCGGGCGGCUUUUCAACGCUUCGGGGACGGCGCCCGGGGAGCCGGAGGUGCAGAGUGCUCAGUCUCUAGCCCUGGCCCCUCGGCGCGCCCGCCUUCCCUGACCGCCCUUGAGCCCAGCAGCGGCGGGUCCCAGCUCGGCUCCGAACAGCCGCGGCGUCUCGAGGGGCAGGGUCUUUGCCUUUCCCGGGACACAGGGCCAUGAGCCCUACAGCCACCUGAGGCACAGGGGGCGCUGCGCUGCGCCGCGCGGACCGCGCCGGCGAAGUUCGGUGCCCCGGUCUCUGCACUGCAGGGCGCCAGCGCCCGGCCCCGGCGGAGGCGUCCUCGGAAGAGCGGCGGAGUAGAGGCGAUGGAACCCGCGGCGCCGGUGGGCCCGGCCAGGGCGGCAGCCAUCAAGCUGUCGGAGGCGAUGGGCGCCGUGCUGCAGGAUCCCCGGCGGCAGCGGCGCCUGGUGCUGGUCAUCGUGUGCAUAGCGCUGUUCCUGGACAACAUGCUGUACAUGGUCAUCGUGCCCAUCGUGCCCGACUACAUUGCCCACAUGCAGAAGGCCGGCAGGAACACCCCGAGCACCGAAGCAUCCACCCUGCAGCCGUCCACUCCAGCCAAUGGCGGUGCCAACAUGGGCAACACUUCAGAGUCCCCGAAGGCAGAGACAGAGAGUGAGGACGUGAAGAUCGGGGUGCUGUUUGCCUCUAAAGCCAUCCUGCAGCUGCUGGUGAACCCCCUGAGCGGGCCCUUUAUUGACCGCAUGAGCUACGACGUGCCGCUGCUUAUCGGCCUGGGCGUCUUGUUCGCCUCCACCUUGCUGUUCGCGUUCGCGGAAGACUACGCUACGCUCUUCGCUGCGCGCAGCCUGCAGGGCCUGGGCUCGGCCUUUGCGGACACGUCUGGCAUUGCCAUGAUCGCCGACAAGUAUCCGGAGGAGCCGGAGCGCAGCCGCGCGUUGGGCGUGGCGCUGGCCUUUAUCAGCUUUGGAAGUCUGGUGGCGCCACCCUUCGGGGGCUUCCUCUACGAGUUCGCGGGCAAGCACGUGCCCUUUCUGGUGCUCGCCGCUGUUUCGCUGUUCGACGCGCUGUUGCUGCUGGUGGUGGCCAAGCCCUUCUCAGCUGCGACGCGGGCGCGGGCCAACCUGCCGGUGGGCACACCCAUCCACCGCCUCAUGCUGGACCCUUACAUCGCCGUGGUGGCCGGGGCGCUGACCACCUGUAAUAUCCCCCUCGCCUUCCUCGAGCCUACCAUCGCCACGUGGAUGGAGCACACGAUGGCGGCGUCUGAAUGGGAGACGGGCAUGGCCUGGCUGCCUGCCUUUGUGCCGCAUGUGCUAGGCGUCUACCUCACCGUGCGCCUGGCGGCGCGCUACCCACACCUCCAGUGGCUGUACGGAGCCCUCGGGCUGGCAGUGAUCGGAGCCAGCUCCUGCGUGGUGCCUGCCUGCCGCUCCUUCGCACCACUAGUGGUCUCGCUCUGCGGCCUCUGCUUUGGCAUUGCGCUAGUUGACACGGCACUGCUGCCCACGCUCGCCUUUCUCGUGGACGUGCGCCACGUCUCUGUCUACGGCAGCGUCUAUGCUAUCGCCGACAUCUCCUAUUCCGUGGCCUAUGCGCUCGGGCCCAUAGUGGCGGGCCACAUAGUGCACUCGCUCGGUUUUGCGCAACUUAGUCUUGGCAUGGGCCUGGCCAAUCUGCUCUACGCGCCCGUCCUACUGCUGCUGCGCAACGUGGGCCUCCUGAGGCGCUCCCGCUCCGAACGCGAUGUGCUCCUGGAUGAGCCACCCCAGGGUCUGUAUGAUGCUGUGCGCCUACGUGAGCGCCCGGUGUCUGACCCCGACGGCGCACCUCGAAGCCCCUCGGGCCCCUUUGACGAGUGCGAGGACGUCUACAACAAUUACUACACCCGCAGCUAGCAGUCCCGCUACUCCUCCAGGCCACCCACCCACUCCCCCCACUCCCCCCACUCCCUGGGUCAAGGUGGCUAGUUUGUUAGAGCACUGGCCAGCUCAGGCUCAGGGCCUGCCCCUUCCAACGAGUAUUCCACAGCCUCGCGCAUCUUGACUUCCCUGUCGGGAUCCCCUCUCUAUGACCCCUUUCUGUGCCUCCCUCCCUCUCGUCCAGUUGGGCGUAGAGCACGGAGGCACGCGAUGCCAUACGGUCCUGCAGAGAUAAAGAGGUGCGAGAGGCGCCACCUCGGGGCUCCCCUAUGUAGAACCGUGCGUCUGUCUCUUUCCUUCCGUUUCUCUCAGUGCCAAGUUGGCCCCCUGCACCGCGGUGCUUCCGGCCCGA